UGUUUGUUUUUUUUAAUCGGAGCUGUGGACAGUGUGUGGCAUUGAAUGGGACAAAACCAUGUGAAUAGUAAUAUUAGUGGUAUAAGUAGCUACCAGGUAUGAACAGAAAACGGGCUCUGAUUUCGGACACUUUUAAAGUGAAGAAACGACGAAACGGCACAGAGAAGUUUGGAGCUAUCAAUUGUGGAGAUGGGUCAACUGACAUCAGAGCCACCCUGGAGUACCUCACGACGCUGUUCCCCAGAAAGCUCUUCAAUGACGCCUUGCCUCAAAUUGUGCUUAAGCACCAACUCUACAGCAUACACGAUGACAAGACUUUGGUGGACAAGGAAGUGAAUAAACUGCGGGAACAAGCAGAACUGCUGAUGUUCCAGCUUGGGUUUGAUGCUGAAGCUUUCGGGCUGAUUUUUGCUUCAGACUACAAGGCCAAAGUGCUGGCAGGAGAGGAGGGCAAAGUGACACGAGCGACAGUGGAAAAGUUCCUGGAGAAAGUGUUGACUUCCUCUUGCACAGAUUUGAGCUUCAGCAAAGACAAAAUGCUCAGAGAGUUCCUCUUUACAGACUCAGAAAUAACGCAACUGGUGAAGUCAGGGGUCCUGACUGUGAGGGACGCGGGCAGCUGGUGGCUUUCCAUUCCCAACACUGGCAAAUUCACCAAGUACUUUAUACAGGGUCGUAAAGCUGUGCUCAGCAUGGUGAAGAAGUCCAAAUAUAGUGAAGUCUUAAAGGCAGAGCUUGAGGAGCGGCGAACAUCCUCACAAGUGAAAUUCCACAUGAAGUACCACAUCCAUGACAUUGUUGGUGCAGAGCUGGUAGAAAGCAUACCUACAACUUCAGGGACAUUGUUGCGAUUUGUGGAUUCCUGAAGUACUGCGACAAGACUGACAUCCGUUAGGUUGAAAUCAAUGAGUGAUGCAUAACAUGAACAAAGCUUGUGAAAAGUGUUUGUAUGAGGACUGUGUGUAAAUUAAUUUCAGAUUUUGAUUCUGUGCCAAAUGUACUGUAAAAAACCUUGUGGGUUUAUGAAUCGUCAAUUAUGUUGACAUGACCUUAUCAGGUUUUGAUUUAUCUUGUAAUAAAAAGGAUUUGCACACCA